AUGGCACUACCUUUUCUUCUUGCAGGCUUCCAAUAUGCUGGAGUGCAGUACACUAAAGAAUGUUGGUGCGGAGAUGAAUUUGGGAAAUAUGGCCCACUGUCAGAUGGGCACUGUGGAAGUCGAUGUCCACAGAACAGUUCAGAAACUUGUGGUGGAUUCCUUGCAAUGCGAGUGUUCAGUACUGGAUUAGGAGAGAAGAAAAAACUUCAAGCUCCCCUUGUGAAGUUAACAGAUGUGUCUGCCAAAGAGCAUGUCCGAAUUGUAUUUGUUUUUACACUUAAUGGCCGUGCCGUAAGGCAAGUGCACCGCUUGUUGAAAACCUUAUACCAUGUCAAGCACUAUUACUUCUUACACAUCGAUGCAAGGCAGGAAUACCUUCACCGAGAAUUACUUCAAUUGGAGAGCAAAUUACCGAACAUUCACCUUGCACGGCGCCGACUUCCUACCAUUUGGGGUGGCGCCAGUCUACUACAAGCUCACUUGAACAUCAUGGGAGAACUCUUGAAAGUCACUUUUUUCUUUUCCUUUUCUUUUUCCUUCUUUCUCCUUUUUUUUCUUUUUCCUUCUUUCUUCUCUUUUUUUUUUUUUUUCUUUCUUUUUUUUUUUUUUUCUUCUUUCUUCUUUUUUUUUUUUUUUUUUCUCCUUUUUUCACCUUUUUCUUUUUUUUUUUUUUUUCCCUUCCUUCUUUUUUCUUUUUUCUCCUUUUUCCUCCUUCCUUCUCCUUUUUUUCUCUUUUUUCCUCCUUCCUUCUCCUUUUUCCUCCUUCCUUCACCUUUUUUUUUCUUUUUCCUCCUUCUUUCUCUUUUUUCCUCCUUCCUUCUCCUUUUUUUUUCUUUUUCCUCCUUCUUUCUCCUUUCUCCUCCUUCUUUCUCCUUUUUUUCUCCUUUUUCUUUUCUUUCUAUUUCUUUUUUUCUUUAUUUUCCCUUUAUCUUUUCCAUUUUUUUCUUUUUCUUCUUAUAA